ACAAUUUUAACAGUAGUUCGGUUCUUCAAAGCAAACGACAUGCCAUUGAUGGUUGUUGAAGAAAACGACAACUAUGCACGUUCUUGUAAAAGCAAAUUGAAAGAGAGCACUCAAUUUGAUGAGCUUCCCGCUUAAAUCCCAACCACUGCUCUGUUAAUGCCCUAGUUAUGAGCUUAUUUUUUGGGGAAGAGAAUCAGCCAUGGUUCUUUCCUUCAAUUUACAGGACUUUAUUCUCCGCGCUCGUGUUUUCAAGCUAUACAGACAAGCACUAAGGAUUGCACAAAGAGCCCCUUCUCAUGCUAGAGUUGAAUUGAAGCAGACAAUAAGGCAAGAGAUGGAGAAUAACCGGAACUGCAAGGACAAGCAAAGGAUUCGUUUUCUGAUUAGUGAAGGAAGAGAGAGACUAAAGCAUUUGGAUGAGAUGCUUGAUAUGCAGGGCAGUUGAUAAUAGACUGAAAUUGCAAAUGGCACAUGCAAAUAUUUUUUGAGGAUUAAAAGUUUCCGAGUUCAAGGGACAAUCAAUGAACUAUAAUGUAGAAAGAAAACGAGAGAAAAAAUAUCUUCAUCACUUGAUUUUUUUAACGAUCGAUAUACUUUAGAAUGUUGAUGUUUUGUGUUAUCAUUAGAUGCAAGUGUUUUCUUGCUGUCUGUCUGCAUGAACAAUGAUGGUUGGUAGAUAGGCGUGUGAGCAGUAGAACAGUAUAUCAGAAUGGUUUGCAUCAGUGAAGUGUCUUCACGUGUGAUCAGUUUCCCAACCAAUGGUUACUCUUUGUAUUAAGAAUUCAAUUCAUGGAAGGGCGAUGGUCAGCAGACUGAAGAUUGGUUCUGACUGUAAAGAGAUAAUGAGUUUAUCAGGAACCAAAAUUAGUGAACGUUAUUAAGAUGAUGAGAUAAUUUAUACAUUUGUGUGAUCAAUGAACUAAGCUGUACUGAAUUUAAGUGGAUGCAUGCUUUGAAAACA